AUGAGCCAAAGCGGGGCCUCACGCCUGGCCGGCUCCCCGCCGCUGCCGGGGGGCUCACUGCUGGCCCUGCUGGCCCCCGAGUCCUCCCCGUCCCCCCCCAGCGGGACGCCCUCUCCGGGGCCCCCACCGCUCAAUAUCCUGAAGGAGAUCCACCAGGAUGAGCUGGGGCGCAUCUCCGAGGACCUGGAGGAUGAGCUGGGCGCUCGCUCCAGCAUGGACAAGAAACUGGCCGAGCUGCGUGCGGAGAUGGAGCGGCUGCAGGCAGAGAACGCGGCUGAGUGGGGCCGUCGGGAGCGGCUGGAGACAGAGAAGCUCAACCUGGAGCGGGAGAACAAGAAGCUGCGGGCACAGAUCGAGGACCUGGAGGAGGUGCUGGCUCGCAAGCGGCGCCAGACAGCCAGUGCCCUGGACACCGACCUCAAAACCAUCCAGGCCGAGCUCUUUGAGAAGAACAAGGAGCUGGCCGACCUGAAGCACAUCCACACCAAGCUGAAGAAGCAGUACCAGGAGAAGAUGGCAGAGCUGGCCCACGCCAACCGCCGCGUGGAGCAGCACGAGGCAGAGGUGAAGAAGCUGCGCCUGAGGGUGGAGGAGCUGAAGAAGGAGCUGGCCCAAGCUGAGGAUGAGCUGGAUGAGGCCCACAACCAGACGCGGAAGCUGCAGCGGUCGCUGGAUGAGCAGACGGAGCAGAGUGAGAGCUUCCAAGUGCAGCUGGAGCAUCUGCAGUCCCGGCUGCGGCGGCAGCAGAGCACUCCGCUCUUCGGCAAGAUGCGCAGCACCCGCUUCGGCCCCGACGACGCCGGGGAUGGCACCAGUGACCCCGACGAGGACGAGGACCUGCAGAUCCAGGUGCCCUAGAGCCCAGGGCCAGUGCCACCGCCGUGGGGACGUCCCACAUCCGUCCUCUGCGCUCGAGUGAACAUGUCACCGCGGGGCCCAGCCGUGAGGCGACCCUCGUAUGCGUGGGAAAACUGAGGCACGGAGCGGUGGGGAGGAACUUGCCCAGGGAUGCUCCAAACCCGCUGCCUCUCGGACAGUGUUGGAUGCCCCUUCAGCCACCAGUAACUCCUGGAACACAAAUGUGGCCCCCAAAGCCAGUGUCACUGAGCAGCCCAGGAGGAGGAGGCGCAGGCAGAGAGAGGCACUGAGCCCGGCAUCCACAACGCCCUCCUGCCCACUUUUUUUUUAUAUAUAUUAUAUAUAUGUAUGUAUUUGUAUAUGAUUUUUUUUAUUAUAAAUACAGAGCCCAGAGGGGCCCAGGCUCUGGUGGUGGAGUGAGCUGCUGUGUCUGUCCCCAC